CUUAUCUGGGAGAUUUUUUUUUCCCCCCAAGCAAAGCAUGAACAGUUGUUAAGUGGAAAAUGGAGGCUGAAUUUUACAUGGCGAUUCUUACCUGCUUAAUCUUUGGGAAUUCAGAGGGGUUUCAGAUUGUCCAUGUCCAUAAACAAGAGUGCCUUUCCAAAAAUAAGAGAGUGGUGGUGGGUUUGUGCAAUGGGACCAGCCAGAACCAGCAGUGGAUGUGGACUGAGGAUGGAAAACUCCUUCAUGUUAAAUCUGCUCUGUGCCUGGGCAUCUCCAGCUCUUCUCGUGGCCCUUCCCUACCAGCUGUCUCUACCCACUGCUACCAGGCACCCCGAUGGACUUGCCAUGAGCAGGAAGGGUUCCUUGAGGUGGAAAAUACCUCUCUCUUUCUCAAGAAACAAGGCUCCAAGGUAGUGGUCAAGAAGGACAGGAAAUACCUCCAUAGCUGGAUGAAAAUUGAUGUCAACAAGGAGGGAAAACCAGUGAAUGGAAGCCUCUGCUUAAAAAAAGCUGGCCUGGGAGCAGAAGUUUCGGUAAGGAGCGCUAGAAACACGGCUCCACCCCAAAUCCCCACCACUUUUAAUGCAGUUCCGUAUAGCCCGGAACACCUUAUUAGGAAUACCACAGAGGCCUUCACCAGAAGUACAACAGAACACGACAGCCGCCACAGCAGACAGACACAGCACCCCAGUCUGCAGACGACUGGAAUGACUGAGACAUCUUGGGUCCCCUGGACUACUCGGCCCUUCUCCAGCACCACUGAAGAGGCUGGUCUGGGGGAGCCAGUGAGAUGUAACGUCACCCUGACAGAGUCCAAGGUCUCCAGCAGGUCCGUGUCUCUCCAGUGGAGAACUUUGGGGUCACCCUGUAACUUCAGCCUCAUCUAUAGCAGUGACAUGUCAGGGGUCGCAUUGUGCCACCCCACGCGGAUAGACAACAUCACCUAUGGAUGUUACCCCAAGGAUUUACAAGCGGGAACCAUCUAUAACUUCAGGAUUGUGUCUCUGGAUAGAGAAGAGAGAACUGUAGUCUUGCAAACAGAUCCUUUACCUCCUGCUAAGUUUGAAGUGAAUAAAGAGAAGACUACUUCAACCAGUCUGCAUGUUUGGUGGACUCCUUCUUCUGGAAAAGUCACCCGCUAUGAGUUGGAGUUAUUUGACAAUAGCCACAAGAUACAGGAGACCCAAAUUCAAGAAAGUACUUCCUGGAGCGAACAUACAUUUUUUAACCUCACUGCUGGUAAUAAAUACAAUAUUGCCAUCACAGCUGUUUCUGGAGAGAAACGUUCCCUUACAGUUUAUACCAAUGGAUCAACAGUGCCAUCUCCGGUGAAAGAUAUCAGUAUUUCAGCCAAAACCAAUUCUCUCUUGAUUUCCUGGUCCCAUGGCUCUGGGAAUGUGGAAAGAUACCAGCUGACGCUCAUGGAUAAAGAGACCCUAGUUCAUGGCAGUGUUGUGGACAGACAUGCUACUUCUCAUACUUUCCACGGACUGACACCUGGCCACCUCUAUAACCUGACCAUUGUGACUGAGGCUGCAGGGCUGCAAAACUACAGAUGGGCACUGGCCAGGACGACCCCCAUGGAAGUCUCAAAUCUGAAGGUGACAAAUGAUGGCACUUUGACCUCUCUAAAAGUCAAGUGGCAAAGACCUUCUGGAAAUGUGGAUUCCUACAACAUUACCCUGUUUCACAAAGGGACUAUCAAAGAAUCCAGAACACUAGGACCCCGGGUUACUGAAACUCAAUUCAAAGACUUAACCCCUGGAAGACUUUACCAAGUUACUAUCAGCUGUAUCUCCGGUGAAUUGUCUGCUCAGAAGAUGGCAGUGGGCAGAACAGUUCCAGAGCAAGUUGGGAACCUGGAAGCAAACAGCAAUGGUUCGAUAAGGUCCCUACUAGUGAGCUGGUCGCCCCCUGCUGGAGACUGGGAGCAGUAUCGUAUCCUGCUCUUCAAUGAUUCUGUGGUGCUGCUCAACAUCACGGUGGGAAAGGAGGAAACACACUAUGUCAUAGAUGACUUGGGGCUCAUACCAGGAAGACAGUAUGAGGUAGAAGUCACUGUUGAGAGUGGAAAUCUGAAGAAUUCUAAGCGUUGCUAUGGCAGGACAGCGCCCCUGGCUGUCCUCCAGCUUCGUGUCAAACACGCCAACGAAACCUCACUGGGUGUCAUGUGGCAGACGCCCAUAGCAGAAUGGGAGAAAUACAUCAUUUCACUAGCUGACAGAGACCUCUUACUCAUCCACAAGUCACUCCCCAAAGAUGCCAAAGAAUUCACUUUUACUGACCUGGUGCCUGGACGAAAAUACAUAGCUACAGUCACCAGUAUUAGUGGAGACUUAAAAAAUUCAUCUUCGACUAAAGGAAGAACAGUGCCUGCCCAAGUGACUGGCUUGUAUGUGGCCAACCAAGGGACAACCAGCAGUCUGUUUACUAACUGGACCCAGGCACUGGGAGACAUAGAGUUCUACCAAGUCUUACUGAUCCAUGAAAACGUGGUCAUCAAAAACGAAAGUGUCUCCAGUGAGACCAGCAGAUACAGCUUCCACUCCCUCAAAUCAGGCAGUCUCUACUCCGUGGUUGUAACAACAGUAAGCGGAGGAAUCUCAUCCCGACAAGUGGUGGUGGAGGGAAGGACAGUCCCAUCCAGUGUGAGUGGAGUGACGGUGAACAAUUCUGGUCGGAACGACUACCUGAGCAUCUCCUGGCUGCCGGCUCCCGGAGAUGUAGAUAACUAUGUGGUGACCCUCUCUCAUGGCAGCAGGGUAAUUCAGUCCCUCAUCAUUGCCAAGUCUGUCAGCGAAUGUUCCUUCAGCUCCCUUACUCCAGGCCGCCUCUACAAUGUGACCAUAACUACAAGGAGUGGCAAGUAUGAAAACCAUUCCUUCGGCCAGGAGCGAACAGUGCCUGACAAGGUCCAGGGAGUCAGUGUUAGCAACUCAGCCAGGAGUGACUAUUUAAAGGUAUCCUGGCUACAUGCUACUGGAGAUUUUGAUCACUAUGAAGUCACCAUUAAAAACAAAAACAACUUCAUUCAAACCAAAAGCAUUCCCAAGGCUGAAAACGAGUGUGUAUUUGUUAAGUUAGUCCCUGGACGGUUGUACAGUGUUACUGUUAGUACAAGAAGUGGACAAUAUGAAGCCAGUGAACAAGGGAAUGGAAGAACAAUCCCAGAGCCCGUUAGGGAUCUAACAUUGCGGAAUAGGAGCACUGAGGACCUUCUGGUGACUUGGUCACGAGCUGACGGGGAUGUUGAUCAAUAUGAGAUCCAACUGCUGUUCAAUGAUAUGAAAGUAUUUCCACCUUUUCACCUUGUAAAUACUGCAACUGAGUAUCGAUUCACCUCCCUGACCCCAGGGCGCCAGUAUAAAAUCCUUGUCUUGACCAUCAGUGGAGAUGUACAGCAGUCAGCCUUCACUGAGGGCUUCACAGUUCCAAGCACUGUCAAAAAUAUUCACAUUUCUUCCAAUGGGGCGACAGACAGCCUGACAGUCAACUGGACUCCUGGUGGGGGCGAUGUUGAUUCUUACACCGUGUCAGCGUUCAGACAGAAUCAAAAGGUUGAGUCUCAGACUAUCUCCAAGCACGUCUCUGAGCACACAUUCCAUAGACUGGUGGCAGGGGAACAGUACCAGAUUGUGAUUGCCUCGGUCAGUGGGUCCCUAAGGAACCAGAUAGACGCCGUUGGGCGGACAGUUCCAGCAUCUGUCCAGGGAAUAGUUGCAAACAACGCAUACAGCAGUCAUUCCUUAACCGUAAGUUGGCAAAAGGCUGUUGGUGUGGCAGAAAGAUACGAGAUCCUGCUUCUAAGUGAAAAUGGGAUCCUUCUGAGUAACACGUCAGAGCCAGCCUCCACCACGCAGCACAAAUUUGAAGACCUAACACCGGGAACAAAGUACAAGAUUCAGAUCUUAACUGUCAGUGGAGGUCUCUUCAGCAAAGAAGCCCAAACUGAAGGCCGAACAGUCCCAGCAGCUGUCACCAAUCUGAGGAUCGUAGAGAACUCCACCAGACACCUGACCUUAAGCUGGACCACCUCAGAAGGGGAACUCAACGGGUACAACAUCUUUCUGUAUAACCCAGAUGGAACGCUUCAGGAGAGAGCUCAAGUCAACCCACGAAUCCAGAGUAUCUCUUUCCAGAACCUGCUGCAAGGCCGAAUGUACAAAAUGGUGAUAGUAACUCACAGUGGGGAGCUGUCUAAUGAGUCUUUCAUAUUCGGUAGAACAGUCCCAGCUUCUGUGAGUAACCUCCGGGGAUCCAAUCGGAACAUGACAGACAGUCUCUGGUUCAGCUGGAGUCCAGCCUCUGGGGACUUCGAUUUUUAUGAGCUAAUUCUGUACAACCCCAAUGGCACGAAGAAGGAAAACUGGAAAGACAAGAACCUGACAGAGUGGCGUUUCCACGGCCUCAUUCCUGGAAGGAAGUACACGCUGUGUGUGGUAACUCACAGCGGGGACCUCAGGAACAAGCUCAUGGGGGAGAGCAGAACAGCCCCAAGUCCUCCCAGUCUUAUCUCAUUUGCUGAUGUUACAAACACAUCCUUGGCCAUCACCUGGAAGGGGCCACCAGACUGGACAGACUACGAUGACUUUGAGCUACAGUGGUUCCCCAGAGAUGCCAUCACGGUCUUCAACCCCUACAGCAAUAGAAAAUCGGAAGGACGCAUUGUGUAUGGUCUUCGUCCAGGGAGAUCCUAUCAGUUUAGUGUCAAGACUAUCAGCGGUGAUUCCUGGAAAACCUAUAGCAAACCAGUAUCUGGAUCCGUGAGGACAAAGCCAGAUAAGAUACAAAACCUGCAUUGCAGGCCUCAGAACUCCACGGCCAUUGCCUGUUCUUGGAUCCCUCCUGAUUCUGACUUUGAUGGGUAUAGCAUUGAAUGUCGGAAAAUGGACACUCAAGAAGUUGAAUUUUCCAGAAAGCUGGAGAAAGAAAAAUCUCUGCUCAACAUCAUGAUGCUGGUGCCCCAUAAGAGGUACCUGGUGUCCAUCAAGGUGCAGUCGGCUGGCAUGACCAGCGAGGUGGUUGAAGACAGCACUAUCACAAUGAUAGACCGGCCCCCUCCUCCACCUCCACAUAUCCGUGUGAAUAAAAAGGAUGUGCUAAUUAGCAAAUCUUCCAUCAACUUCACUUUCAACUGCAGCUGGUUCAGCGACACCAAUGGAGCUGUGAAAUACUUCACAGUGGUAGUGAGAGAGGCUGAUGGCAGUGAUGAGCUGAAGCCAGAACAACAGCACCCUCUGCCCUCCUACCUAGAAUACAGGCACAAUGCCUCCAUCCGAAUGUAUCAGACCGAUUACUUUGCCAGCAAAUGUGCCGAAAGUCCCGACAGCAACUCCAAGAGUUUUAACAUUAAGCUUGGAGCAGAGAUGGAGAGCCUGGGUGGAAAAUGCGAUCCCAAUCAGCAAAAAUUUUGUGACGGACCACUGAAGCCGCGCACUGCCUACAGAAUCAGCAUUCGGGCUUUUACACAGCUGUUUGAUGAGGACCUGAAGGAGUUCACGAAGCCCCUCUACUCAGACACAUUUUUCUCUUUGCCUAUCACCACCGAGUCAGAGCCUUUAUUUGGAGUUAUUGAAGGUGUGAGUGCCGGUCUGUUCUUAAUUGGCAUGCUGGUGGCCAUUGUUGCCUUAUUCAUCUGCAGACAGAAAGCUAGCCUUGGUCGAGAAAGGCCCUCUGCCCGCCUGAGCAUUCGCCGGGAUCGACCAUUAUCUGUCCACUUGAACCUGGGCCAGAAAGGUAACCGGAAAACGUCUUGCCCAAUAAUAAUAAAUCAGUUCGAAGGGCACUUCAUGAAGCUGCAAGCUGAUUCCAACUACCUUCUAUCCAAGGAAUACGAGGACUUGAAAGACGUGGGUCGAAACCAAUCAUGUGACAUUGCACUCUUGCCGGAGAACAGAGGGAAAAAUCGAUACAACAAUAUAUUGCCCUAUGAUGCCUCUCGAGUGAAGCUGUCCAAUGUAGAUGAUGACCCGUGCUCAGACUACAUCAAUGCCAGCUACAUCCCUGGCAACAACUUCAGAAGAGAAUACAUUGCUACUCAGGGACCUCUUCCUGGCACGAAGGAUGACUUCUGGAAAAUGGCGUGGGAACAGAAUGUUCACAACAUCGUCAUGGUGACCCAGUGUGUGGAGAAGGGCAGGGUAAAGUGUGACCAUUACUGGCCAGCAGACCAGGAUUCCCUCUACUAUGGGGACCUCAUCCUGCAGAUGCUCUCAGAGUCUGUGCUGCCUGAGUGGACCAUCCGGGAGUUUAGGAUAUGCAGCGAGGAACAGCUCGAUGCACACAGACUCAUCCGCCACUUUCACUACACAGUGUGGCCAGACCACGGGGUCCCAGAAACCACCCAGUCCCUGAUCCAGUUCGUGAGAACCGUCAGGGAUUACAUCAGCAGAAGCCCUGGUGCCGGGCCCACCGUGGUGCACUGCAGUGCCGGUGUGGGUAGGACUGGAACCUUUAUCGCAUUGGACAGAAUCCUCCAGCAAUUAGACUCCAAAGACUCUGUGGACAUUUAUGGAGCGGUGCACGACCUAAGACUUCACAGGGUUCACAUGGUCCAGACCGAGACACGGGCUAUUCAAGGCAUUGAGAAUGUAUCUGAAGAUCUCUUGGAUAAAAACUAUGCACUGUGUGAUUUUUUAAAAAAUUUGCUUCAUGCCCUACAGAGGUUCCAGCUAUUUCUGUUGUCGCUAUGUAUAAUUUAUUAAUCUGGAGAAUUUUAAAGAAUUUAUGUAAUUUAAAGGUAACAGAUAUUAUUGUACAUAGUUGUAUUUUGUAGUUUCUUCUGUAAAUAUGUAUUUUUUUCAUAAUGUUUAAUAUUAAGCUUUAUAUAAUACUAUGUUUCCACAGUAAAGUGUUCAUGGAUUCUUCUCCAUAAACUAAUUCAACCUGUAUAACAGGACUCCUGGUAAAACAUGUCUGGAGGGGGUUGCAGAGGCAAUCCCAUGGGCCAUGGUUUUGACCUGUUUUGAUAUUUACUGGUCAGGGUAAAGGACAGGGCUGGAGAAAGUGUGUAAGACACCUGGCUUUGCUGCAUUGCUGUUCUAGGAAUGUAGAGAUCCAAAGAUGAUCCAAAUGCUAUUUGGACAAAUGUAACAGUAAAAAAAAAAAAAAAAAAAAAAGAACUGGGGGGAAGCACGAAAGCUGAAGCCGGUGGUUAUUGCUAAACUACUUCAUCCUCCCCUUCCUUCUGCCAGAGGUUCAAGCCAAAGUGGUCAGUUCAGGGGCCGUGUAACUUGCAGAGAAGUCCGGGCUGCAGGAUUGAGGGUUCUGAUAGAGAACAAUCCAAACAGAAGGGAUGAAUUCCUUACAUCAAGGAUGCCUCCUGUACCCCUGACUGGAAACAAAAUCAACAUGCAAGGUGCCAUCUGUAGUGACUGGAGAUGAUUUCACUGCAUUCGGUGUGUGAACAUACAAACCCAUACUGUAAUGAGUGUGUUGGUUGAUGUA